AUGACAGCGGAUGGUGCUGGAACCGCAGAUACUCCGAUUAGAGCUUAUUCAGCGGCUAUUAACGGGAGUCGAUCGGUCGCACAGAAACUACAGGUCGUACAAGUGUUCGUUUCCCUUUUUUUCAAUUUUGGUUUGAUAUUUGAGAUUGGCUAUGUUCAGUGUGAUAGUGUUGAGUUUAUUCAAUUAAAAAUUGAGACCAGAGUGCAGAGUGCAGGACUCUUGGGGAAGUAUUUUGUUGUGUUAUUGAGUCAUUCAUCUGCCAGCGGCGAAGAAAGCGAUGAAAAGCAAAGCUUCUCCUCCAAAAACAAAUUCUCUUCCCGCAAUGCUUCUUCCAAGUACGAUUUCGUUAAGGUGAAGGUGCGGUUGGGUGAUAAUGCGGAUCACUACUAUGUUCUGUCUAGAUUUUCGCUCAGUAGGUGCGGUUGGAUGAUAAUGCUGCAAUGUGGAUUCGAUUUGGAAAAUGGCCAGUGCUGGUUUAUCUGGAACUCUUUUGUCAGGAAUUGGAAAUUUGAGCCAUCUCCGAACAUUGUUACUACAGAACAAUCAGUUAUCUGGUCCUAUCGCGGCUGAGAUAGGCAAGUUGUCAGAGCUUCAAACUCUAGAACUUUCCAGUAACCAGUUUGUUGGAGGAAUUCCUAGUUCUUUGGGCUUAUUGUCUCAACUAAGUUACUUGUGAGUGUGUCUUAACAAAUAGAUAGAUGAUGAUGUUAUUUUAACCCUGUUUUUUUUG